AUGGGAAGACUGUUUAGAGUGUUUCGUGGGAAAUGGAAGAGAAACCGUCGGAACCACUGGCUUUUCCUCCCCACACCUGGUGAUAACCCCUGGACCAUGUAUGUCGAGGAAGCUGAUAAUUAUCAAAUGGUGGAAGGGGCAACAAGAGAGAUCUAUGGUCUAGGUGAGGCUAAGCCGGUGGUUAUCACAUAUGGGAGGCUUGACUGGAUGCUUUUCCCUAGUGGGAACAUACCCCCACUGACGACAUCAACAUCUCAUGAUCUUCAUGAUUUGUUAACCGAGAGGCCAUGGGUGACAGAGGUUACUUUACUGGUUACUCUUGGGGCGAGGAGCAUGGUAGAGUAUAACUUUCUCCGACGUUCUAACUUCAGUAUAGGGACAACAAAAUAUGUGGUUGAUGGUGCGCAGGAUGAUAGAGCAAGAGCUAUAUUCGAAGGUUUGGUUUUCAGUGAACGUCUUCUUACAAGUGAUAGGGUGAUGUUGGAGAUAUUUGGAGAACAGGAGAUGCAACUCCUCUACUGA